AUGUCAAUUGAAGAAUUAAAACAAAAGAUUGAAAGUGACAAGAAUGAAUUACAAGAGAUAGAGACAUUGUUAGAGGAAGAUCCUUCGAAUGAAGAGUUGCAACUUUUGAAAGACGAAUUGAUCGAUCUCAUCAAGAAAUCAAAUGAUUUACUGUUGACUAGAUCUAGAGAAGUAACAAACAAUAUAUCAACGAUUACUACAUCUACCACUUCCAAUAAUACAAAUGACAACAACUAUAACAACAGCAACAACAAUAAUAGUAAUGAUUAUUUAUCUAGUACAAGUUUAGUACAACCUCAUAAGAUAACUAAUGAUUCAACAACUAUUGUAAAUAAUAGCAACAAUAACAACAACAACAAUGUUGGUAACAAUACAGCUAACAACAACAGCAGCAGCAGCAGCAGUAUGGUGUUAUCUGUUGGAACACAGUGUGAAGGAAAAUAUACAGUCGAUGGCAUCUGGUAUGCAGCGGUGAUCGAUGCCAUCAACAAAGAUGGAACAUACACAGUUACCUAUACGGAAUAUGGCAACACAGAGUCACUGUCGGUCGAGAGUAUCAGACCGCCGACCCGACAGAAACUGGUGCAAUCGAUACAGGAUCAAUCGUCACGGUACACCACUGCAUCCGAUUCGAUACAGUCGAUACCAAAGUACCUCAAGAUUCUGCCUGAAGACUCGGAGGAAGUGAAAAAACAGAAGCAAAAGAAAAUAAGAUCGGUCAAGGCACAGAACCGACUGUUCAAAGCCGACGAAGAGAAUCGAAAGAAGAAACAAGCGUGGCAAGAUUUUCAAUCGGGACCGAAACGUUCGAUACCCGGAACAUUUACAGACAAGAAGAAAGGCAGUAUGUUUUCAACACCAGACAACCUCAAUGGAAAGGUUGGUGUCGUGGGAAGUGGUCGUGGAAUGACAGAGAGCACCUCAUUUUCAAUGGAUAAAAAGAAAUGUACACUACCUCCAACUUAUAAAUAA